AUGUUUAGAAAGAUCCAUUCAAUAUUUCAGCCCAACUCCCAUAGGAGGAAUCUGGUUGAUGACAUCCCAUGUUAUGAUGGCACAAGCUCUGCUGUGAGGCUGAUCCGCAGCACUUCAAUGUAUGUUCUUGGAGAGGAGCAGCAGAAACUGAGUGAAUCCUUGAAAAAAUGUAAAAGUACAGCCAGCAUAGACUCAUAUGUUUGCUUUGAGCAGAAAGAGGAAGACAGAGCCUGGAUGUACUCUAAGACCCAAGACUGCUUAAAAUACUUACAGGACCUCUUAGCCCUGAGGAAAAAAUACCUUGCCAGCAUCAAUGACUUGAAGUCUAUGAAUGCAACAAAUAAAAUCUCUCCUGUGUCUACAAAAUCCUCCAAAACAGGGAAAAACCCACCACCUUCUUCCAAACAAUCUUCUAAGAUAUCACUGGAAGGAAAAGUCCCACAGCCCAAUUCAGAUGUAAGAGAAGCAAUAGCUUACUUCGACUCGGUUAUUGCAGAACUGGAUACAGAGAGACGGCGGAAAAUUCCUGCAACAAACCUCUCAAACGCGGAUGUUGACUUUGAUGUUGCUACCAGCACUAGCGAACACAGUUUACAUUCAAACUGGAUUCUUCGUGCUCGGAGACAUUCACAGGAUACCUCACAAACAGCAAAAGGAACAAACCAGGCUCAAACAAACAGUCAGAGAACCACCACUGGCUCCAGAAAGAGACUGGAAAGACAUCCAAUGUACUUACCCAAAGCGGUGGAGGGAGCAUUCAACACUUUAAAAUUUAAACCUAAAGCACGUAAAAAGGAAUAG